AGAUAAUAAGGUCAAGAUUAUUUUCACCAGAAUCAUAACGCCAUUGUUGUGAUCGCGACGAGCUGUGAAGAAAGAUAUAUCGAAUAGAAAAUUUGUCAAACGCAUUGUUUCAGCAUGGCCAGAGUGAGAUUUCCUGGACAAAAAGAUGGUACGUCGAAGGUUAAAAGGAUUAUUCUUGGAUCUGUUGGAGUUGUCUCAUUAAUAUUUGUCAUAAUAAUGCUGGUAGUCUUCGUCCCUAAGCAGAAAGCAAAAGUUCUGGAUACAAAAGACAGGAUUGCCUGUCCUGGUUUUAGAGAUAAGUCUGACUGUACGUCACAUGGUUGUGAAUACGCCAAUGUCAAAAGCGGCCCGUCCUGUUACAUGAAGAAAAAUAGUUUUGGAUACAAAGUGGAAGAUAUUAUCAAGCAAGCUGAUGGAAUGGUAGCCACAUUAUCCAGUUUGUCAAAAACUACACCUUAUGGACCGAGCAUUCCAUUAGUUACUUUUGAGGUCACAUAUCUCACCGAGGAAAUACUUAGGAUAAAGUUAUAUGAUGCUAAAAAUAAACGAUAUGAAGUUCCGGUUCAGGACACUUUUCCUCUGUUACAAGAAAAGAAAAAAGUUGAUGUAAAGAAAAUGGCAUACAACAUAAGCGUCUCUGAAAAGUCGGAUGUUUUUUCUUUUCAAGUCAGACGCACCGAGGAUAACACGGCGAUAUGGGAUUCACGAAUUGGUGGCUUGGUUUUGAGUGACAAGUUCCUUCAAAUCUCAAGUUAUCUGCCAUCUAAGAAUGUCUAUGGUCUCGGUGAGCAUGUACAUCCUAGUAUCAGACAUGAUUUGGAAUACAAAACAUGGCCAAUGUUCGCCAGGGAUCGAACUCCAGAAGCGGGAUUUAUCAACCUUUACGGAGUGCAUCCAUUCUAUACAUGCCUGGAAAACAGCUCAAAAAGCCACGGAGUCCUUUUGCUCAACAGCAAUGCUAUGGAUGUCGCAUUGCUACCAGCUCCUGCAAUCACUUUUCGUUCAAUCGGUGGAAUAAUCGAUAUAUUUUUCUUUGUGGGAAGGGAUCCAGAACACACCGUGAAGCUCUACACUUCCCUUGUGGGAAAGCCGGUCUUGCCUCCGUUCUGGGCGUUGGGAUUUCAGUUGUCUCGAUAUGGUUAUAACUCACUAGAUAACGUGAAAGCGGUUGUGGAAAGAACAAGAAAAGCUGAAAUACCUCAGAGUGUGCAGUUUUUGGACAUUGAUCAUAUGGAUAAUAACAGAGAUUUUACUUAUGAUAAAGACAAAUUUGCUAAUUUAAAAGAUUAUAUGACAAAAACACAGAAAGAAUAUGGAUUGAAGUGGAUAAUCAUUCUUGACCCGGCCAUCGAAGCUCUUAAGGGUUAUGAAGCUUUCGAAUCUGGUAUGAAACAGAACGUGUUCAUUAAACGAUCACCUAUUUGGAAUGAUGAGAUGUUCCCACCUCAGCUUGUCGAUUAUAACAUCACUUUCGGACGGGUAUGGCCUAGCUCAGAGGUAGCAUUUCCAAAUUUCUUCGAUCAAAAUGAUAGAAAAUGGUGGAAUGAUUCAAUAGUGAACCAUCAUCAAGAAGUACCAUUCGAUGGAUUAUGGAUAGAUAUGAACGAACCUGCGAAUUUCGCAACGAACGAAGACAGGCCUUUCAACUGCCCCGAAGACGAAUACUGCUGGACUCUGAAGUGCCCAACUAGUCCUUACGAAGAUCCACCCUACAAUCCCUUGAAAGACAGUGGAAGUGAUAGGAUAUCCCACAUGACGCUGUGCAUGGAGAGUUUGCACCAACAUGGAGAUCACUAUUAUCGGCAUUAUGAUGUCCAUAGUUUGUACGGAUGGAGUCAGACUCAGAUCACUCUCCAAGCCGCUGAAAAAGCAAUAGGGUAUCGAUCUUUGGUCAUCUCUCGAUCAACUUAUCCUUCCAGCGGACGCUAUGCUGGCCACUGGCUCGGUGACAACAAAAGCACCUGGGAUGAUCUACGUUACUCAGUCAUCGGAAUGUUGGAAUUCAAUAUCUUCGGCAUACCAUAUAUUGGAGCUGAUGUCUGCGGAUUUGCUGAAGCCACUACGCCUGAACUGUGUAAACGCUGGAUGCAGCUUGGAGCGUUUUAUCCUUUCUUCAGGAACCAUAAUGUUUUGGAUCAAAAGGACCAAGAUCCUGUUGCUCUUGGUGCCGAUGUCGUAGCCGCAUCGAAGAGAGCAGUGGAACGGAGAUACGGCUUGAAUCCCUAUUUGUACACACUUUUCUAUCGGGCCCAUUUGGAGGGUUCCACAGUGGUCAGACCUUUAUUUCACGAGUUUCCAAGCGAUGAAAAUACUUGGAAUAUUGGUGACCAGUUUAUGUGGGGUAAAUGCCUGCUGAUUUCUCCUGUCUUAACACCGGGAGCAAAUUCUUUGAAGAUGUAUCUGCCAGACGCUGAAUGGUGGCAUUUUAAAGGCACUGAGAGUCAUCGGGAGGAAGUAAAAGGAAAUUAUUUCGACGAAAAUGAUAUCCAUGAGGAAAUUCCUCUUCAUGUCAAGAGUGGAUGCAUCAUUCCAACAGAGUAUUAUCAGCUAAAUAAAUCUAAUGUAGAGAUGCCUAAAAACUUAACUCUUUAUGUUUUCCCUAUAAAUGAUGAAUCGUCUGGUGAACUUUAUGUAGAUUCAUUAAACAGUACAGGUGCAAUUGAAAACAACAUAUUCGAAAACUACCAUUUUAGUUAUAAAAAUUGUAGUCUCAGUGUGAAGAAAACAGGCGGUGAAAGUAGAUCGUUUGAUUGGUUUGUGCAUCAAGUUCACGUUUUCAAGGUGAAAGAAGCAAAAGCUGUCAAAAUUGGUUCACAAAGCAUCAGCAAUUUUUCUGUCAACACUACAUCCAAUGUUCUAACGGUAACCGUCAAACAAAAACUGGCGAAUAUAGACCAAAUAACUUGGGAAGAUGAAAACAAGAAAUGCCAGAUGCUGCCAUGAUGAGCUCGAAAUCAAGUUUGUGAAAAAUCAACCUUUGAAUAUUUUCAGUGAUUGAUAAGUUCAAGUUGCUGCAUCAGCUUAAAAAUGUUGUUUAUGAGAUAUAAAUAUUUAUUAUAAAUAAUAAAAUACGU